AUGUCUAGCGAUUUCGCUAUCUAUAUUCGAGACAAACUUUUUGACAGCAAAACAUCUGUCGACCAUAAAAUCUUACAUAGUGUAAACAAGAAAGGUGAAUUUGUUCUAAAGUUCUGUUUCUGGGAAUAUGACAAGAACCAUAAAACAUUAAGCAGAGCAGUCUUAAAAUUUGUCAAUGACAGACUUGUUGACAGAGAUGACGCCGAUUGGAAAGAUGAAGUCCAACAAAAGUUCUUAGAAUGCAAAGAAGACACAUGCGCUGUUCUUGAAGAUGAAAUAG